CGGAUCAAAGCCUUAUACGGGACAUCACCGUCCGCAAUUCCUCGCUCUAGAACUCUGCGGCAUGAUGAUGCGAUGCGUAUCCGAUCAUUCCGAUGCAAUCUCUCUCGACAAUAUCGGUAUCAAAAAAUACAGAGGUUACAUGGCGUCACUGUUAUUCGGCUAUGGAUUUCUCCGCAUCCCGAGCAGUGAGAAAGCAGCUGGCUAGGGUACUUCUGCGUCUGCGUCAGGUCGAAGAAUGAAGAAGUUGCUCAAAGGACGCAGAGAGCGGACAAGUAGCUCGAAAGCUCUAAAUUCCGAAGCUGGAAACCAUUUAUCUCAUUAUUGAGGCAAGUCGUGCGUCGAUGAGACGCAGUAUAUACUCGCUGAUGAAUGCUAGUCUGUACCUUUCAUCUGGUGUGAGACCUUACGUGCUCAAUUCGAUCUGAGAAAGUAUUCCAAGACUUUGACCGAAGUAACCAUCGAAUGAACGUCCUAAUCGUUUCACGU